AUGGCUGCUUUCUUCACUGCGAUUUUCUCCUGUUGCUGGCGGAAACGCUCGAAAGGUCAUAUCGUACCCAACGACGAAGAAGCCCGUCUCAUACUUCCGUCUACCGACCCCUUAUCACCAACAAUUCCCAGCGUCAUCGUUAUAGAUCACCAAAAAUUGCAGGAUAGGCUUGGAACCAUUGUACGUUCAAAGGAGGGUAAAAUGGUAAACGUAAACUCUCAAAUCCCUUUCAACCUUCACAAUCAACCUUUGCCACAAUCCUCAUUGUCGCGUUCCAACUCCCACUACAGGAUACCUGCCCUGACAAUGUCUUCGUCACGGAAUUAUUCUCAUAGCCAGAGCCAUAGUGGCUCACGUACAUCAUCUCCUUCCGGUCGUCGCACAUCUUCAAUUGAAAGGAUGGACGAGUACAGGCGAACUCCCAUACUCAACGUACGGCUGAUCAAGGACUACGGAGCUACUGCUACAACGAGUAGAGGGAGGAAGGGACGGCAUGCCCCGGAUACCUCAGGGGUGGGUGUAGAUGGACUGCAGGUUGGAAGUGACACAAUAGGACCGGAGUCGCCUGACUCCAGUCAGGGUGAGCCCAGCACCUUCACGAUACCGGAUAUCGGUGCACUCGUGUUAAGUUGGGAUGAUUGA